AUGGUAGUGCAGACAGCUGUGACUCCCGGUAGGACCCGAAGACUUUUGUUCAAAAUACCAUAUGGAUCACUGAGAAGACGCAGUGUGGAAAGGAUGACGGAGGGCCGCCGAUGUCAAGUGCACCUCCUCGAUGACAGGAAGCUGGAACUUCUCGUGCAGCCAAAGCUUUUGGCCAAGGAGCUGCUCGACCUGGUGGCAUCUCAUUUCAACCUGAAGGAGAAAGAAUACUUUGGAAUUGCCUUCACAGAUGAAACGGGACAUUUAAACUGGCUUCAGCUGGACCGUAGAGUGCUAGAACAUGACUUCCCCAAAAAGUCAGGACCAGUUGUUUUGUACUUCUGUGUCAGGUUCUACAUUGAGAGCAUAUCUUAUUUAAAGGAUAAUGCCACCAUCGAGUUGUUUUUCUUGAAUGCAAAGUCCUGUAUUUACAAGGAACUCAUUGAGGUUGACAGCGAGGUGGUGUUUGAAUUGGCCGCGUACAUCUUGCAGGAGGCGAAAGGAGAUUUUGCAAGCAAUGAAAUUGUAAAGACUGACUUGAAGAAGCUUCCAGCCCUUCCAACGCAAGCCCUGAAGGAGCACCCUUCCCUUGCUUACUGCGAGGACAGAGUCAUCGAGCAUUACAAGAAACUGAGUGGUCAGACAAGAGGCCAAGCGAUUGUAAAUUACAUGAGCAUUGUAGAAUCCCUCCCAACAUAUGGAGUCCAUUAUUAUGCAGUAAAGGACAAGCAGGGAAUUCCCUGGUGGUUAGGACUUAGCUACAAGGGCAUUUUUCAGUACGACUACCACGACAAAGUGAAACCAAGAAAGAUCUUCCAAUGGAGGCAGCUAGAGAACCUGUACUUCCGCGAGAAGAAGUUUUCCGUGGAAGUUCACGACCCACGCAGGGCGUCUGUGACCAGGAGAACGUUUGGGCACAGUGGCAUUGCCGUGCAUACAUGGUACGCCUGUCCUGCAUUGAUCAAGUCCAUUUGGGCUAUGGCCAUUAGCCAGCACCAGUUCUACCUGGACAGAAAGCAGAGUAAGUCCAAGAUUCAUGCUGCGAGAAGCUUAAGUGAAAUCGCUAUUGACCUGACUGAAACGGGAACGCUGAAGACUUCAAAACUAGCCAACAUGGGAAGCAAAGGCAAAAUUAUCAGCGGCAGCAGUGGCAGUCUUUUGUCAUCCGGUUCCCAAGAGUCAGAUAGCUCUCAGUCUGCCAAGAAAGACAUGCUGGCUGCAUUGAAAUCCAGGCAGGAAGCUCUGGAAGAGACACUGCGCCAGCGACUGGAGGAGCUAAAGAAACUGUGUCUCCGAGAAGCGGAGCUCACAGGAAAGCUGCCCAGGGAAUACCCCCUAGAUCCAGGGGAGGAGCCACCUAUUGUAAGGAGAAGAAUAGGGACUGCCUUUAAACUGGAUGAACAGAAAAUACUGCCUAAAGGAGAGGAAGCGGAGCUGGAGCGCCUGGAGAGGGAAUUUGCAAUUCAGUCCCAGAUCACUGAGGCUGCUCGGCGCCUGGCCAGUGACCCCAACGUCAGCAAAAAGCUGAAGAAACAAAGGAAAACCUCCUACCUUAAUGCCCUAAAGAAACUGCAGGAGAUCGAAAAUGCCAUCAAUGAGUACCGCAUCAAAUCUGGAAAGAAGCCAACGCAGAGAGCCUCCCUGAUCAUAGACGAAGGAAACAUCGCCAGUGAAGAUAGCUCCCUCUCAGAUGCCCUUGUUCUUGAGGAUGAGGAUUCUCAGGUUACCAGCACAAUAUCCCCCUUACAGUCACCUCACAAAGGACUCCCUCCCCGGCCGCCCCUACAUAACAGACCACCUCCUCCACAGUCAUUGGAAGGACUCAGACAAAUGCACUACCACCGGAAUGAUUAUGACAAGUCCCCUAUCAAGCCCAAGAUGUGGAGCGAAUCAUCCCUGGAUGAACCCUACGAGAAGGUCAAGAAACGCUCCUCACACAGUCAUUCCAGCAGUCAUAAGCGGUUCCCCAGCACAGGAAGCUGUGCAGAGGCUGGAGGGAGCAGCUCUCUGCAAAAUAGCCCCAUCAGGAGCCUCCCGCAUUGGAAUUCCCAGUCCAGCAUGCCAUCUACACCAGAUCUACGGGUACGCAGUCCGCAUUAUGUCCAUUCCACUAGGUCAGUAGACAUCAGCCCGACCAGACUGCACAGCUUAGCUCAGCACUUUAGACACAGAAGCUCCAGCUUAGAGUCACAAGGCAAGCUCCUUGGGUCAGAGAACGAGACGGGGAGCCCCGAUUUCUACACCCCAAGGACUCGUAGCAGUAAUGGCUCUGACCCCAUGGACGACUGCUCUUCCUGCACCAGCCAUUCCAGCUCUGAGCACUACUACCCUGCUCAGAUGAACGCCAACUACUCCACCCUGGCCGAGGAUUCCCCCUCAAAAGCCAGAGAGCGGCAGAGGCAAAGGCACAAAUCUGCGGGAAACCUGGUCUCUUCUAAUUCAGGGAGCAUGCCCAACCUGGCGGCAAGGAAUGGAACCGGGCACCCCGGGGUCUACCUGCACAGCCAGAGCCAGCCUUCCUCUCAGUACAGGAUCAAAGAGUACCCCCUGUACAUCGAAGGCAGCUCCACGCCCGUGGUGGUGCGCAGCCUGGAGAACGACCAGGAGGGACACUACAGCGUGAAAGCACAAUUUAAAACCUCCAACUCCUACACGGCAGGGGGGAUGUUUAAAGAGACCUGGCACGGGGACGAAGUGGACUCGGUAAGACUGACCCCCUCCCGUUCUCAGAUCAUAAGGACGCCAUCUCUGGGCAGAGAAGGCCACGAGAAGGGCUCGGGCAGGACUGCAGUAUCAGAUGAACUCCGGCUGUGGUACCAGCGGUCCACAGCCUCCCACAAGGAGCACAGCCGCCUGUCGCACACCAGCUCCACCUCCUCGGACAGCAGCUCCCAAUACAGCACAUCUUCUCAAAGCACCUUUGUGGCACACAGCAGGGUAACGAGGAUGCCUCAAAUGUGUAAAGCAACAUCAGCUGCCUUACCUCACAGCCAGAGGAGUUCAACACCUUCUAGUGAACUAGCAGCUACACCACCAAGCAGUCCCCACCACAUCGUAGCAUGGCAGACUGGAGAAGCAACAGACAACUCACCCACUAUGGAUGAGUCUCAGUCUCCAACUCACCAAAGUACUGAUGAAUAG